GACGAUGCAGGAGAGAGGGAAGUCCUCUCAAGCACACCUAAACCCAACAGGAGAAAAGAUGAGUACAUGUCGCCACCUUCUGGUUGACUUUGAUUCUGCACUGACAUUUACCGUGCAGUUAUUAGUAAAGCCGCAAUUUUGACUCAUGUGCGGGCUCACACUGAGAAUGACGGCUGGCUUGACCGCGGUAGUUUUUUAACAGUAACUUCAAUCACACAUCAUGCAUCAUAUAUGUAAUUUUCAUUGAUUAUCAUCAGAAUACAAUUUCGUAUUAAUCCAGAAAUCAUCCCUAAUUUGUAGGUGAUGACGUCACUUUAGCGUCAGGUUGAUUUUUUUUUUUUUUUUUUUUUUUUAAUCCUGUCACUCACAGUAAACACAUGGAUGCCGCAGCGGUUUGCGGUAAAAACAUGAACAAUGUGACCCGGCUCCGCCGAAUACCGAGAGGAAGAUGCCGGGACACAAGAGGAAAUAUAAUGUCCGGUUCCCUCCUAGGCGAAUCAAGAAAAUCAUGCAAAAGGACGCAGAGGUUGGGAGGAUUGCCACCGCGGUUCCUGUGAUCAUCGCUCGAGCUCUGGAGAUGUUCCUCAAGUCUCUUCUCACCAAAACGUGCCUGAUAACUCAGUCAAAGCUCAGCAGUGCGGUGUCUGUGGCUCACAUGAAGCAGUGCAUAGAGUCAGAGAAACUCUUCCAUUUUCUCAAAGACCUGGUGGAGGAAGCCACGUCUGCUGCGGCCCAGAAGAACAACAGAGGAACCAGUGUUUGGCCUUUAUUCAGGAACAAAGGACAGGAGGUUUCUGGUAGGAAAGCGUCUGAAGGAGCAAACGCAGCACCUCGCAGGAGCCUCGCCUCAGUUGAGAGUGACUCGAGCUCUAGUGAGUCGGAGCUCUACAUCUGCUUGUAGCCGUGCAGAAGCUCCAUCAUCUCUACGUGUCUGAUCGUUUCUAAGUUUGCUGCUUCUUCAGGUGAUUAAGGACUAAAACAUACAAUUCAGACGGAGAAAAAAUCUCUAAAUUCCUGGAUGUUUACAGUAAAGUUUAAGUUUUUAUAGUAUUAAUGAUGGAUUUUUGUUGCCAGGUUUUUCAUUUGGUAUUCAGAUUUUUUGGUACAUGGAUGAUUUGUUUGACCUGAAUGACACAUUUGAAGUGUUGAUCUGCAGCUGAAGCACCUUUUAUCUCCUGUGGAGAAACGGGGGCACUGCUGGUGUUUCCUGUGGUCUGCAGCGAGCCCCAAAACCACGUUUUAUUUCAAAGCAGAUGGAGGUUUCUGUUUUGAAAGCAUGAGUGAGUUAAUGUUUUAAAGACAGAAAAACAUUUGCUAAUAAAUGUGCUUAUUAAUGUCUACCUGAAGCCAGAUGGAAAACCAACCACUUCAAUAAAAGAACAGAGCAAGA